GAAGAGAAAAGUCAACAGCGGCAUUUCGGUUCAGUCGACAGGACUUAAUGACAUGUGAAGGAAGAACAGCCAGGAGCAGGCUGCAGGAGAGUUACUGAACAAGUGGACUGCGUAGAGGGAUCUGGGAUGAUGCUUCCCACAGCUAAACUACCACAGCUUGGCCUGGUAGUAAUAGGUUGGAUUGGAGGACUUUUCACUUGUUUGUUGUUUUUACAGUAUAACUCACCAAAAUGCGCACCUGAAUACGUUCCCCCGUUCCAGCCCGAAAUUUACAAGAGCGUAAACUUCUCGAAACACAUUUCGACCACAUCUGGUGAGACCGGGGAGGAAAAACCCAUCCUGCUGCUGUGGUUCUGGCCUGAAAACUACAGGUGGAACUUUCAAGACUGUAAGACCAUAUACAACAUCGACGGCUGCCAUUUGACCGAUCGCAGAAACCUUUACAACCAAGCGGACGCGGUCCUCAUUUUCCACAAAGCUAUCAACCACGAUCUCUCCAACCUUCCGCCGUCUCCCCGGCCACCGUUUCAAAAAUGGAUCUGGCUCCAUGUAGAAUCGCCGACCAACACACCAAGGAUCCCAGGCUUGGAGAACCUUUUUAACCUCACGCUGAGCUACAGACGGGAUGCGGACAUUUCUGUGAGAUAUCCACUCACCGUCAGCAAAAAGCCAAACGAGGACUUUGUGAUCCCGAAGAAGGACAAACUCCUCUGCUGGUUCGUGUCCAACCUUGCCCCUAGUACGGGGAUAGGGACCAGGAUGAGCUACUACAACGAGUUAAAGAAGUACAUCACCGUGAGAAUUUUUGGAAGCAUGUCUGGAGCGCGCAUGAAAGAUGAAGAGUACUUCCCCACCAUGUCUAGCUGUAAGUUCUACCUUUCUUUCGAGAACUCCGUCCACAAGGACUACAUCACAGAGAAAUUAAACGGUCCUCUUGCAGCCGGGACCGUCCCUGUCGUCUUGGGGCCGCCGAGACAAAAUUAUGAAGACUUUGCUCCGGGUAACUCCUUCAUUCACGUUGACGACUUCCCUAACGCUGAAGCGCUGGCUAAUUAUCUGCUCAAGCUGGACAAAGACGAUGAAGCUUACAAACGCUACUUCGAUUGGAGAAAACACGUGAGAGCGACUCCGCAUCUGACCCUUUGGAAUCAAGAGUUCAUCUCAUAUAUCUGCCACGCCUGUGAAUAUAUUGGAAAGCACAGAGAGUACAAAGCUGCACAUGACAUCUACAAGUGGUGGUUUUCAUAAAGAAGAACUUGAACUUAGAUUUAUUUGCGAGUUGGUAAUGAUUCCCGAACCCUAGCUCUAUUAAGUGCCUUUCUCUAUCACUAUUGUAAUGUUUACCUGAAUAAUCUCAGUACUGGACAGUAUUCUGAUUGGACUAAAGAUGUGGAAAUGUAACGGGGUUUAGUCAUGUACCGUGUCUGGAAAGAUGACCUUCUGUAAAAUGAGCAGUACAGUAGUCCAGACCCCAGUUUAGGUAUAGGUUAUAAUCCCAUCUGAAAGGAAAUGUUCAACUUAUAACCUGCACUGAAACAGGCUUCAAUACUCUCCAGGAAGUACUCAACACAAGAAAACCGAAACCAAGUCACACUUCCGGUGGUUUCAGGUUUUGAGUUCAUGAGUUCCUAGCACAGGCGCCAACUUGUGGUAGAAAUGAACACACACUGUUCUCUGAAAUGCUUUCGUUAGUGAGACGGUACGUCCUCUUUUUCCGCAGACACGUCCCCUUUUUUAGUCCUUAAAAAAGUAUCUGAAUUUGAGAAACUGUCCGGGAUUCGCCUUUUAGCUUCGUUGUGACGUGCUUACGGUCUAAUAAAAGUGCAACGUCUACAGCGUGUGUUCGCGUUGCUUUAACCCCUCUCAGUAAUUCCCGCCUUCUCACACACCGAUUGGUCCGAUUAUAAAAAGCUUGCAGCACCUUUUGGUCAAAUUCCUACCUCUCAACCGUUAGCCUACUCUCAGCGAAUGCACAAAGAUGAAGCGCUGUUGUGUACGCCAUCAAACAGUUGCUCGACAAUAGCAGCAAACGAAAGCUGUCCUGAGUCGAAUAGUACUAUAUUUGCACUUCUGGUAAUUAAUUGAGCCAACCCUGCGUUUCCAGGCAGGUUCAUCACAUCCUCACUCGUUUUCUACUUAAUCCUUUCCAUCGCAUCAGCGUGUUUUUAGACUCGCAUUUAUUGAAAUGAAUAAUUUAUUAAAAAUUAAAAAUGAACUUACCUGACUUUCAGUCUUGUCCCUGAGUCGGGUAAAGAACGGAAUUUCAGACAUUAGUAGGAAUUCACAGCAGCGAAUCAUGUUGUCGUGGGAUACCAGUGAAUUAGCGAUAGAUUUUUUUGUUUCGUUACUAUUUUUUAAAUCAUGGCCGUGCUAAGUUAGGUGAACUUCUAUGGAAUUCAAAUAAAUAAAUAAAUAAUCGCACUUGACAAUACUCACGAGCGUCGUAGGUCUGCAAAAUGAGCCAAUCAGAAACAAACACCGUGUCCAGUGAAAUGCUCCUUACCCUAGAAACCGAUAGUACAGUUAAAUCACACACACACACACACACACACAUAUCAUAGAAACAUGAAAUGGAACCCUGACGUUAUUUGAAAAUGAAUUCAUAUGAAUGAACUGUUACACCAGCCAGGGACAGUGCACCACUACGCCACCAACGUGGGGAUCCAACCCGGACUUUAAAACAUCCUUCUUCGUUUAUCAUUUCUUUAUCCUCUUAACAGACUACACAGAUGAUACAAAGGACUGCCACUGACAUGGAACUCAGCAUUUUCAUAUUCAUUUGAAUAAGUUCUGAGCUGUUUAAACCUUGACUUUUGCAUAUCA